AUGGGAAACCCCAUCCUUCAGACGGCCUCGCCACUGCUGAGGAAAUGUUUGGGGUCAGGAAGUUAUGGGGAGCCGGGUUUCAGGUGGCCGCGACUCUGGGGCCACGAGGUGGGCUAUCUGCUAGCUUCUCCUCCUGAGCCAAAGGGUCAAAAUCCGGCUUUGAACUCCGCGCCUCCGAGAAGGGGCGGAGCCACGACGGAGGGAAGGGUUUCUGUGGUGCCUCUGCGUCUGGCUGCACCCUCUGAAAAGGCUUCUAAUCGGCCGCAGAGCACCGGUGGGAGCUUCUCCUGGUGGCUGCACCCUCACCGGGACUUCUUCCAGAAUGAGCUUCUGACCUUUCAGGGCAUUAUUUUCAGUUUGCUUUUCCUUGCGAUUGAUGAUUCUGUGGAAUUUCUCUCUUUUCUUAAUUUCAUUUUUCCUUUCCUGUUCUUUUGCUCAGCUACAUUGGGAUUAUCAUCGACAGAGGAUGAGGGCGAGGACCCCUGGUACCACAAAGCAUGCAAAUGUGAUUGCCAGGGAGGAGCCAAUGCUCUGUGGUCGGCUGGAGCUGCCUCUUUAGACUGUAUUCCAGAAUGCCCCUAUCACAAACCCCUGGGUUUCGAGUCAGGAGAGGUCACACCAGAUCAGAUCACCUGCUCCAGCCCGGAGCAGUAUGUUGGCUGGUACUCCUCAUGGACAGCAAACAAGGCCCGGCUCAACAGCCAAGGCUUCGGGUGCGCUUGGCUUUCCAAGUAUCAGGACAGUAGCCAGUGGCUCCAGAUAGAUUUGAAGGAGAUCAAGGUGAUUUCGGGUAUCCUUACCCAGGGACGCUGUGACAUAGAUGAGUGGAUGACAAAGUACAGUGUGCAAUACAGGACCGAUGAACGCCUGAACUGGAUUUACUAUAAGGACCAGACUGGAAACAAUCGGGUCUUCUAUGGAAAUUCAGACCGGAGUUCUACAGUCCAGAAUUUACUGAGGCCCCCCAUCAUUUCCCGCUUCAUCCGACUGAUCCCUCUGGGCUGGCAUGUCCGAAUUGCCAUCCGGAUGGAACUGCUUGAGUGUGCCAGCAAGUGUGCCUGA